AUGGCUUCUCUUCAGGAUCAAAUUGCCACUCAAUUACAGAGCAAGUCACUCCCUGUCUCCCCAUCCUGGCUGAACUCCUUCGUUUCUUCGUCCGCAGCCUUCCAUCGUAAUGUCCCUCUCUCCGCCUUGACCCAAACCGCUUUGUUCCGCUUGUUGGCCUCGGAUUUCCGAGACUCCCUGAUGAUUAACACGCAGUCCUCCCUCCUCCCCGUCGAUAUCUUCAAUCCGACUGUGCAGGAAAGAUGCAUUCAGGGUCCGAUUCCCGUCCAAGUCAUGGAUAUCGAAGAUAUCGGUUCUAGUCUGUGGAGCCAAGUCGAGGCGAUCGAGCGUGUUGAGCGUGGAGAAGCGAUACGAGGACGGGAGAUUAUCCGGACCGUGAACGUGGGCGAAGGUAGUGAAGAUCAUUCGGGUGGUGCGGCCAAUACUGCUGGACCCAACGGAACGGGGGAUACCGAUGGCCCUCAUCGAUUGAUUGUUCAAGACGCUGGAGGGACGAAGGCUGUAGCAAUUGAGCUGAAGCCGGUCAAUGGCAUUGCGCUAGGAAAGCUUCAGAUUGGGGCGAAGCUGCUUCUGCGUAAUGUGACGGUCGCGCGUGGGUUGAUGUUGUUGACGCCCGAAUGUGUUACCAUAUUAGGAGGAAAGAUCGAAGCCCUCGAUCAGACGUGGAGGGAGGGCAGAAAGGAAAGGCUAUUGGCGAGGAUUACGGGGGAGGGAGAGCAGGCGCAACGAAGCUAG